AUGGUGCAUACAAAAAAAGCUGAGUCUAAAAGGACAUUUAGACUACUAAUCAUUCAAGUUAUACUUGGUUGCGCUCUGACUCUCUUUGUUGCUUUUGCAUACAUCAAUAGCCUCUGGUCAUAAGAUUAUCUACAUAAUGUCCAGAAAUUCUGGGAAAAGGGGCCAAUCACAGACAUUAUACUAAAGUCUCAAUCAGACUCGAAAUCAAAUUUUGACACUAAUCCAUGUCCUGACGAUUAUGAGUUAGCAACCUAAUCUAAGUUUGCUGGUUAUGUUGCUGGAUGUGACUGUUCUAAAUCUGAUGAUGGAGAUUAUGAAGGCUUGAUUGUAGGUUCUUGUGAUUCGAAUUAGACAUUUGCUGGAUGUCGUGAUAUAGAUAGUCAAGAUCCAUUAGCUAUAUAGAUAUUCAAUGGCAAAAAUAUAUGUAUUUAAAGAGAUAAUGAUCUAAGCUUUUACAAUUUACAUAGGCCACUCAUUAGCUUAAAUGCUGAAUCCUAAAAACAUGAAGCCAAAUGCGAUUCAGGUUAUAAACUAUGUGGAUCAGAUGACCAAAAUCACGAAUAUCGACUUUGCGUCCUCGAAGACAAAUAAUGUCCAUUGUCUAAUAUAAAAUUUGAAAUAGAUGCAGAAUCAAGUGAAUCAAAAUUAGUAAAAGAGGACAAAACUACUUAACUACCAAUCAUUUCCCUUCAAAUGAGUGAAUAUGGUCCUCCAUGCAUUGUUGAGGAUGAGACUAAUGUAACUCCAGACAAGAAAGAGCACGAUUUAAUGCGGCCUGAAUUUUACGAAGGAUGUGAAACUGCUAUUGAGAAUUAAUACACUUAACCCGGUUAUAAGAAAGUUGAUGGUCAACAGCAAAUCUCAGAAUAUAAUAUAUUCUCAGAGAACAACGAUAUUUUAGAUAAACUAAAAGCCCUCUUAUAUUAUGAUGUAGGCUAGCACAAAAACUACUACUACAAUCUAUAUCAAAUGUCAUAUCCACACUGGAGUUAUAGUUGCCACAGCAAAGAUGAUAGAUUCCCAAUAACUCCUAAUGACAUUAAGAUAGUCAUUGCUAAUGCUAAGACUGUUAGAGAAUACGCUGUAACAUUAUUAAGUAUCGGAAUUAUAAUCACUAUCUCAUACCUAUUAAACAUGCUUAUUUUGUGGCUCAAUAUGAUUUAAACAUGCAGGAAGCAAAAUACAAGAAAUUGCAGUCUAUUUAGAUAUUUUUUCACACUUAUAGCAUCUCUUAUGGCUGGGGGCCUAUUAUAUUACAUGAUUGAAGAUUCAGAUAUGAGAACAUCUGAUUAUCUUUCAAAGAAUGAUUGCUCUAAUGACGAGAUUCUUAAUAACUCCUUCAAAACAAUGCAUGUUUACUUCAAGUCACUCAACAAAAAGCAUUAUGUCACAAUUAUAAUUAUUUUGCUAAUGAUUGCUUUGGACUUGGCAAUUAAGAUAAUCAAUUUUUACUAUGCUUAUCAAAAGAAAAAGAAUCUUAAAACUCAAUAGUUAUAGGAGAAUUUACUUGAUAAAAACGAUGAAGACAAUGAAAACAGCAAGACCACUCCUGGAAAUAACAUGUCCUGA